AUGGCAAAUAACAAAACACUAUGUUUUAAAUGUAAUAAAAAUAAAAUAACAUAUCCUUGUGAAGGAUGUUCAAAAUACUUUUGUUUAAUGGAUUUAACAAAACAUCGUCAAAUAUUAAAUGAAGAACUGAAUUAUGUUAUUAAUGAUUAUGAUCAAUUUAAACAAAGAAUAAAUGAACGAAAACAAAAUCCACAAGAUCAUUCAUUAAUAAAACAAAUUAAUCUAUGGGAAAUAAAAUCAAUUGAGAAAAUUCAAGAAAAAGCACAAGAGUACAGAGAAAUGCUCAUGAAAUCAUCACAAACAUGUAUUGAUGAUAUUGAAAUGAAACUUAAUGAUUUACAUAAAAAAAUAAAACAAUUUCAAAACGAAAACGAAUUUAAUGAAAUUAACUUAAAUCAAUUAAGAGAGAAAGUAAUAGAAAUUGCAAAAGAAUUCAGUAAUCCAUCAAAUAUGUCUAUUGAACAAAAUUCACGAUCAUUAAUUAAUGAAAUUUCAAUUAUUUUAUCAAAAAAAUCAACAUUCACUAAAUGGAAACAUAAUGGCAUCACUGUGGCUGGUGGAAAUGGAGAAGGACAAAAAUUAAAUCAACUUAAUCGUCCAGGAGGGAUUCUUAUUGAUAAAAAGAAAAAUAUUUUCAUUGCUGAUUAUGCAAAUCAUCGUAUUGUUGAAUGGAAAUAUAAUGCAAACGAAGGACAAAUCAUUGCAGGUGGAAACAAACAAGGAAAUCGAAUGAAUCAAUUGAAUCGACCAACAGAUCUGAUUGUUAAUCAACAAAAUCACUCAAUCAUCAUUGCUGAUUUUGGGAACAAGCGAGUGGUUCAAUGGUUGAAUCAAAAGCAACAAAUACUUAUUGAUAAUAUUGACUGUUCUCGUUUGGCAAUUGAUAAAUAUGGAUAUCUUUAUGUAUCCGAUGAUAGAAAGAGUGAAGUGAGACGAUGGAAAAUAGAAAAAUACAACAACGAAGGAGUUAUAGUGGCAGGUGGAAAUGGUGAAGGAGAUCAAUUUAAUCAGCUUGCUCUUCCUAGUUUUAUCUUUGUUGAUGAAGAUCAAACUGUUUAUGUAUCAGAUAGAUACAAUCAUCGUGUGAUGAAAUGGAGAAAAGAUGCAAAAGAAGGAAUUGUUGUGGCUGGAGGAAAUGGUCAAGGAAAAAAUCUCAAUCAAUUGUCUUAUCCUGCAGGAGUAAUCGUUGAUGAUUUGGGUCAAAUCUAUGUGGCAGAUGGUGAGAAUCAUCGAAUAAUGCGUUGGUGUGAAGGAAAAGAAGAAGGUGAAGUUAUUGUUGGUGGAAAUGGUAAAGGAAGUAAAUCAAAUCAAUUGAAUGGUCCCAUUGGUUUAUCUUUUGAUGAUGAAGGAAAUCUUUAUGUUGCUGAUUGGGGGAAUGAUCGAAUUGCAAAAUUCGAAAUAAUUUUGUGA